AUGAAAGAUAUAAAUGACGUCGACUUGGCCAAAUUACCAUCAGCGGUACGGGUGAAGAUCGCUCAAUUGGAUGUGGAGCUAUCUGAAGGUAGGUGUAAAGGCCAUUACAGUAUUUGAUUGUUAGGUGAUAUCACGGAGAAAGGGUAUUGGAAGAAGCGGAACGAGUUGAUCAGCAAAGUCAAUGAAGGGAAGAGUAAUGGAAGGAGAAGACAAAAGAGGUUCACGAGGACCGAGAACCGAUAUCAUUCAGGUGGGCUACUGGUUUUUAGAGGUAGAGAUGCUUAGUAACAUUAGUGGUGUAGUAAGGGAAGAAGAGGCUUUAUUCUUAGGUUAUAUGAACACUGAGGUUAAGGUUAAUAUAAUAUGAAUGAAGUUUUGGAAUUAGCGGAGUAUAGCUUAAGUUAUGGCACAAAAAUCUUUAUAUUAACUUUGAACAGAACGUUUUUUUAAAUAAAACUUUGAAUUUUACAUUAAAUAUCAAUGUUUAGAAGUUCGCCAAGAAGCUGUUCAGAAAGCAUUGGCCGAAUGGUCUAAGGACCAGAAAGACCAGCCCGUGCCGAAGCCAAUGCGCCGAAGAUAUAAUGGCAAGAAGAACGUUGUGAAGCACACUACAGGUAACGAUUCGGUUUUACGAGGCAAUGAGGGUAUAAUUAGUGGUUUUAUGACUUUCUCUAAGGUUAGGAGUAUUGUUAAUGAGCAUUGUUAUAUCAUGCUUGUUUGGGUUUAAAUGCUUCAAAUAGUUUUUCUAAGAAUAUGGUUUAUUCAAUCUCCAAAAAUGCGUAUCUAUCUUGAACUAACAUAUACCAAAAGAACAGACAGUUAGUAUAACAAGGAUGACUAGCUGACCAUGAUUCACUUUCGCUUGUAAACUUUGCUCUAAUUAAUAUACGAAAUGGCGUUUAAAGUAAUGUUUUCACGCGAAGGGGGCGGUUUGUUGGUAUUUACUCUGGUAUUACUUUACUUUUUGCGAUUAAUCCGAAAAAGCGAACUUGGAAUGAUUCACUUUUUGUUUUACCUUCAAAAAGGGACAUUUUGGGUAAUAUUAUACUUGGAAGGGUCUUGGGGUGUAAGUUGAAUGAGGAAUAGUGCUGAUCGUUUUGAGAGUGGUACUAUAUAGUAUCACAAUGGUUUUGAAAUUUAAUAGUACUAUUCUUCAAUUUGUACUAUCUAGGACGUGGUUUGUUAUGCACUACUUUAUAGUAACGAAUGGAUUUUCAAGUGGUACUAUGUAGUACUAAAUUCUAAAUUUUAUUGGUUAGAAGUUUUUCACAUAAAAAUUAUUUUUUAAUUUGAAAAACGCUUUUAUUAAGUUGUUCAAAUAAUUCUGUGCUCCUUGUCAAAGCAUAUUUUUGGAAAAAGGAGGCUCAGAAUUAUUUGAACAACCGAAUAUUUGUUGUAAAAAGCCCCAAUUAGUACCACUUUGUGCAUUUGUUUGGACAGAUCCGUCAUAAUUGAUCCUGGUCACUUGUUUCAAAAACACUUGUUCCAUCCGAUUAGGUCGAGAUUGAUGAACAAAAAAUAGCGGCGGUCAUUAAUUUAAAUCAGUUGGAGGUAGUUAGCUUUAGUGUCCUUCCAAUUCCGAAGUAUUCCAAAGUUUAUUCCCAGAGUUUAUGAGGAACGUUUGCUUGGAAAGUGAAGAGUUUAAGCUUGCUUUCAUAUUAAUCUUACAUUCUUUGAUAUUAUUAUUGGCAGUUUUUUUGGGAAAGCUUAGUUUUUGCGAAUUUUCUCUAGAAGAGCUCUUAUAUCAUGUUUAACUACAGUAUCUAUGGGUGAGAUGCGGGCUGUGUAGGCCCGGCUUUACAAUUGGGUCGGGCCGGUUUUGAGCUAAAGGUGAAACGGGACUGGCCAGAAAGUUGAGUCUGAAAUUGGGGAUUGAAAUGUAGGUCCGGACCCAAAAAAAAUUAUGUAAGUGCUGGGCCAUGCCGGGUUUAAUAUUUUUCUGGCUGGGCCGGGCCGGUCUGAGAAAUAAAUUAACGGGUCGGCGCGUCUUGUGUCUCACCACUAACAGUACAUAUCUCAAUUGAGUGUUUUACAAAAACUACAAGCUUGGCUAGUUUUUGCUUUUUUUGAUUUAUUUACUUUAUAGGGUCUUUGUCAUUAAUUGUUUUGUAAAAUACGAAAGAAGAAAUAUUCAGCUCUUCAAAUUAUUAUGUUUACAAGGAAAGUACCUAACCUGCAACUCUUAGAAUUAGCUCAAAAUUUUUAUACGGAUUCUUUGUAGUACCAGUAGUACAUAUAAAAAAUAUUAGCUUGCGGUUUUAAGCUUUAAAAUUAAUAUAUUUAAAUUUCCCGCCAAUUUGGCAAAGUUGGCAUUGUGUUGCAAGCACUUUUUUUGAUGUUCCAGAUAAGAUAGCCUUACAAAUUUAAAAUUGCAGGUUCAUUUGAAGAUUUUAUAUCAUUGUAUUAAAGAAAAAUAGUUAAAAGUCAAAAAUUAACAAAGUUAAAAGCUUGAAACACUAUGCCAAUUUGGCGGGAAAUUCAAAACGCGAUUUUUUGAUCUCGAUUUUCUCAAGACGGGCCGCAAACCGCAACUUAGAAUUUAGCAUAAGAUCUUACAUUUAGAUGAUCUUUCUAUAAAACAAAUUUGAACGAAAUCUGAGCGUUGCAUGUCGGGUACCUUCCUUGUUAGUGAAUUGAAUGAGAUUGAAUAUGCACAAAGCUUUAAUUAACAAAUGUCAACUUUUUAUAAAAAUUAUUGAAUCAAGUAACGAUCAUUUUUAUGUACAUUCAGCUGUUUUGAUUGGACAUAUGUAAGCAAAUACACAUUGACAUAGGGCUUAAAUAUAAAUCGAACAUAGAUUACUUUAUUAUAUCAAAAAGGCGUCUUAACUAAAUGUUGAUUCCGGCUGGCCAAUCGCUGUUAUUGAUCCCCUUUGACCGCUGUCCUCUUGUCGUGCUGGGGAACGUACGUGGGGCAGAAUGCUAAAUGCUUCGCCUUCUGAACCACGUACGUUCGCAAGGUAGGACUUAAAGGUUGCGCUUGUGCAUGGUCGAACUCCUAGUGCCAAAAAGGUACUUGUUGAUUUUUAAGAACUAGUGCCUUUUAAUAGCUGAGUCAUCAAAAUUUGAAGUUUAAAACCCCUGCCCUUAAGACUCUCACUUUAAACCUUUGUCACCCGAAAAGCUCGAUAAAUAUGACAAUUUGAGGCAACAAAGUGAAUAUUCAAAUGUUUCCGCGCAUUCCCGUUUGAUUUCUUUUGUGAUUGAAAUCCGAGAGGGCGAGGGAAUGUAUGGACUGGCCCUUUCUCUUCGUCCCCCCCCCCUUUCUCAACCGAUUGGGUUUCGCCAAAAGAAAGGCACUUUUAAAGUUUUUCCAAGGCUGGAGGAGAUGGCUGACUGGUCGCAUGGGGUUGCCAUCGGAACGUUUUGGUAUUUAUGGCAUUUACGACGUGAUUACUGUUUUCGUAUUCAAUUUUUGUGUUAGUUUUGGGGGUGUAUUGGUUGAUUUUGAUUUUUUAAAAGCUUGAUGACUUUGACAGCUUUUGAAAGAUAAAAUUUGUUUUUUUUUGGGAAUAGUAGUGACCAUAAGGCCUGUUGCUGCUGUUUAGUAUCUUUUAAAAGUUUUUUUACUUAUAAUCCUGAAAGUUUUCUUCCAUUGUAUCGUCCGUUUUCUUUAAAAAACAACUUUUUUAAUUGGAAUUCAGCUUUUUUCAAAUUCCUAGCUUGAAACUUGUUAAAAUGCUCUAAAGUACACGUUACAAACCGUCAAAAACGGCUCACGAGAACAAUAAAUGCGCGGUAUAAUCCUUUGUAUUUGAUUGUUGAGAAGCCAAAACAAAUACUUUAGAUGUUUCUGAAUGAGGUCCAGCCUAAGACUCUCUCCAGCACGUACUUUUCAUACUGUAAGGUCGAGCUUUUUGUAGUUUUUUGCAAAAAAAACAGAAAAUUUUGUGUUUUGAUUCGAUGCAUCAUGCCGGGGCAAAAUGUUUUUGAUAGUUUUAAAGUCUUUGGCCUUUAAACCAAGUGAACGUAAAUAAUCCUAGGCAACUUACCUUAAGAUCAUCUUUACUAGUGCAAAUCAUAAAAAGUGAUAUUUGAAGUACAAACGUUUUCAAAACUAAUAGCUCUAGUACGUAGAACAACAUCAAUACUCUUUCAAAUUCAAGAUAGAACAAAAUUAAUAUCUCUCAAAGUACAAGGUAGAACCACAUUAAUAUCUUUUCAAGUACAAGAUAGAACAAUAUUAAUAUCUUUCCUAGUAAAAAGUAGGCCAACAUCCAUUACCGCCCGUCUUUAUCAUUCACUUUUCAGACAGCAGCAGCUCGGACGACGAUGACGAAGACUCGACCACGAUAGAAAGUUCGUUGGACAGCCGAACGGAAAUGGGCAUUCAAGUCAAGGAUAAUGACCUCAGGGCACACAAAACGACGGAAAACGAAAAAGAGCUGGUAUGUUGAGUUUGAUACUUUCGACUUUCGGAAUGGGCUCAGAUGGGGGUAAUCAGGACCCGAUCCGUUUAUGUUGAUAGUAAAAGCUUAUGGGUUAUAUAUGUCGAAUAUUGGCUCGUAUUUCAAGAGUUUUUGCGUUUUAUGGCCUAGGUUGUAAUAUUAGGUUGUUCAAAUAAUUUUGUGCCCAUUUUGAAGCAACGUUUUAGGGUUGAGGGGCAGAAUUAUUUGAACAAUCUAAUAUUUUUUAUUUUUGUUAACAUUAUGGAUGGUUUAGCACAAAACUAUAGAAUUUAUUGCACAGUGCAAUACACAAAGCCCCUCUUCACAAAUUAUCCAAUAACUUUCGAACCGCUCAACCAAAUAUUUUAAAAUUUUAGCCCAAAAGCCCUGAUAUCCAAGACUACGAGCCUCUGGUCGAGAUCUCCUCCCCCGAGCCUCCACCUCGGCAAGAAUCCAUUCAGAGAAGCGAAAUCGACCAAAAGCCCACGGCUCCGCCACGGUGUGCGUCGGUUAUUGUCGAGGAUCAGAAGCCAGACAACGAUUCCAUCUACAUCAACACUCUUUCGGUGAGAGACGAGCAGGAGAACGGCCAAGAGGAUUAUGCCAACACCGUAGUUCGUAAGUUAUUCAUGUUUGUAGGCCUAAUACUAGCGAUGUUGUAGUAGGUGUAAGGCAAACUUGAAUAGAAAGUUGAGUGAACGACUUUUUGGUGUAUUAGGGUUAAACUUUAUGGUGUUUUAGAUAGAAACAAAGCCAAAAAUUAUUGUUUAAAAAUAUUUUUGCAAAAAAAGUUGCAAGGCCUAGUCAAACAAAGGCUAAAGAAUUGUUUUGGCACAUUAAAAUACCCAUUUAAACCUGAAAGAUCAGCUUUUUGCCAAGACCAUUAACUUUGUUUUUAACCUGCCAUUCCAAAACCCCAAACCGCUUUGAUGGCCCAAUCCCAAUUGUAAUGUUAUUAAGUGUUUUAAACCGGCUUAAUGAGGUCUCACGUCAAUUAUGAUUUUUUUGCAGAGCCGAAAGCGAUCAAAGUCUCGGAGAAGAUCCAACAGCUGCUGCUUACACUUCAGGUCGGUGGAACGGUUUUGCUUUUUUUCGAAAAGACUAACUAUUAGGUGCUAAUUAUAAGCCGUUGUUUUGCGAAAGAGUUAUUAGUAGUCGGUGGAGGACAGGCGGGGCCCUCGGGGGGAGUUUGAGGGGAAUUAGACACGUUUAUGAGGAAAGAGGACAUAUCACAGACAGUUUGGUUGUUGUUAGAAUGCCACCACCGUCGCGGCCUCAUCCCCGCUCCAUCAGUAAUCACGGGCCUCAGAUCCGGCACUCGGUGUGUGUCAGCCACCCCCUAAAUGCCAUACCUUUGUUGCCGCCGUCGAUCGGCGAUGCCUCCGCCUUUCCGAUGCUGGAUCUGGCCGAACACUACCGAAAGACAUCGCAUCAACCGGUCGUGAGGGUGGCGACCUCCCCAUCUCAACCAUCCUCAGCUAGUGUCUCUAGGAACUCUAGCUUUGCUAAACAAUAUAAUCCGACGAGGUAUCAACGAGUUAAGCCUGUGGUUAACAGGGUGGCGCCUAGGAGAAGGUCGGUGCCGGUGAAACCACAAGAUCUUGCCUCAAGCUUGCCUAAGAAUGAUCUACCUAUACCUCGACAUAAAAUAUCUUCCGUCUCUGCCAAUAUUCCGAUCAGAUCAGUAGGACUUGAGGGUAAUGUGUCUCCUGUUCCUUCGUCGUGUGUACCAACAUCUUCUAGUCAUUUAACACAUUCACAGAGUACUCCUAUUCAUAAUGUUGUCUCUCCUACAGUGUCAUCUGGUGUUUCGUCCUACGCCUCUCAGUUACCAUAUCCUUCUUCUCCUGAUGUCCCAAUAAGUUCAAAUGGUCACAAUACACAACUACCGGGUACUUCUAAUACUACGGAUGCCUCAACUAAAUCUACUCAAUCACCGAAUAAAGCACCUACAUCUUCAGCUGUUUUCCAAGCUACAACACAGCCUGUUUCAUCGUCAACCACCCAAUUACCUACUCAGAUGUCUUCAGGUUCAUUUCCAAUAUUUUCGUCAUCCGUAAGCCCAUUACCUAUAGUGUCAUCUCCAUAUUCAUCUAGAAGAACUACUCCUUCUGUAACUCCAUCUGCAAGUUAUCACAAUCGAAAGGACGUUAAUACCCUCAGGAUACGAAAUAAAACUUGUUCAGUUUCUCCAAGUCUUUCCAGAAGAGAGGAUUCUGAAUCCAGAAUAUCAACUAAUACAGCGAUUAAUAUAGUACCGAAUGAUACUGAAAAGAGUAUGUCAGAGGGUGAUAGACAAAAGGAAGAGCAAAGGUCGAUGACACAGUCGUGUAACCUUCCAGAAGACCACGAGGUCAAUAGGAAUAGUCAUGUAGGGUCUGUCAAACUUAAUAACAGCGUAACCAGUAGCUCCAAACUUAAGUUAUCCAGUAGCCAGGUUGAUCUAGCAGAUCCUCAGACAUCUGUGUACCUUCAAGAAGAUAUUCCAUUUGCUUCAGCGGUUCCAGAACCCUUUAACAAAAGCAGCUCGUACGAUAGAGUAUGUGAUUUUGUUAUCAGUUCUACAGUCGAUUCUGAAAAUUUAAAACAACUUGAGAACCUUUAUGAAGCGACGACCAACAACUAUAACAUCAACAGUAACAUGGCCAAACUCUCGGCCAACAAAAAGAGGGUCCGCUUUGGGAAUCGGCCUGAAAAGCUGGCCGGAUCCUUCAUUCUGGACCUCUACGAUCCGUCGCGGAUCGAGCGUCAGCGAGAGCAGAAUCUCGACUCGAGCCGACGCCUUCUGAACGACGUCGUAGGGCUGGAGAGUGUGCACGAUAGUCUGAACACCAUCAAGGUGGUGGGGUCGCUAAAAGUGGGGCUGAGGCGGAUCAGACUGACCGAGGUCCCGGGGAUCGCCGAUAUUUUGAUUCGAAAUAUGCAUAAACAACGUUUCUCAUUGCAGAGGCCACGCAAAAAACCGCUACAGGAGUAUUACAACGACGACGACGCCGAGCUCGAAGGUGGGUCUGGGAAGGCUUUUGGUGUUUUUGAAUUUCUAUUUUUUUGGGGAGUUUAAAAUAUUUUUUUUUGAAUUUUAUAACUGAAAAAACGUCUUUAUUUUUUAAAAAGAUUUUAAAACUGGGCGUUUUCUGCUAAAAUUUAAUUUUCUAAAAUUUCGAAAUUAUAGCGCCAUAAGUUUUGAUCUUUGUUACCUAAAUUUCGAAAUUUGCCGAUUUGAAAGACAAUUUUUGGCUUCUUUUUUAAAAGUUUGACCUUAUAUUUGAUUAUUUUGAAUUUUAAAUUAUAAUAUUAAAUUUUAAACUUUUAUUACCUAAACUAAAUAUCAAAUUUUAACUAAACUGCAAUAAAUAAUGGCAUGUCAUUACCUUAACCUGAACAUAAAACAAUGCAAUUUCAGCUAUGGCCAAAAUAGUGGACCCAAAUGCCCCAAAGCCUGAGGGUUCAAUUGUUUUGCCGGUCAGAGGCGAGUUCCCAAAAGAAUUCCAACAGACUGGAUCGGCGCCACGAAGCGUGGAUUCGGUCCUUCAGAAGCAUGCUCAAACCCAACCCAAAGCUGUAGCGGCCGCGAUUUUAGAUCAAAAUGGAAAACUGAACACUAACAUCACUUACAGUAAGAUUAUCUUGACAUAGAUUCAUGUUUUUGGUGAUUUUAGAGGAUUUCCAUAUAAUUUGUUACCUAAAAUGUGAUGUAAACUUGAUAAUUUUAAAAUUUAGAUCACAAAUGUUACCUAAAACUUUAAAUACUACGUUUCUAAACCGUCAAUUUAAGGUAAAUUAUUUUCCCGCGCCCAAAAGGUAGCCCAUAUGUUAACCACCAAGCAGAUCAACAUGAUAAACGUGAAUGGCCAAAAGGAAAAGGUACCACUAUGUCGAGUAGGCGACUGUGUAGGACUAGUCUACCCAAACAUUGAACCUCUGGCCUUCCUCUGCGCCUACUAUGGUUGUCUGCUCGCUGGAAUGGUACCAGUACCAGUCGACAUCCCUACAGUACGAAGAGAUGCUGGUACUCAACAGUACGGCUUUCUCCUGGGAUCCUGUGGAGUUUCAGUAGUUCUGACUUCAGAAUCCUGCUACAAAGCCCUUCCUCGAAUGGGUACAGCAGCAUCAUCGUCAACAACAUCUACAGCGUCAGCCGUGUCAUCUGGCUACGCCACAAACACAACUUCAUCUGGAGGCUCGAACGGUGUUGUAUCUCCAUCAUCCUCAAUAUCCGGCAUAGGAAACAGCUCUACGAAAGACCCAAACGACAUAUUCGAGUUCAAAGGAUGGCCGAAGCUACAGUGGAUCGUGACAGAACAUCUCCAGAAGCCCUCCAAAGACUUCACGCUACCGUCCUUCAACAAUCCAGAAGACACAGCGUACGUUGAGUGUAGCACAGACAAGGAAGGCGGAGUGAAGGGAGUUUGUGUCUCCAGACAAAGCAUGAUAUCACACUGUAGGGCACUAGCUGCCGUCAUGGGCUACACGGAAGGAGAAACCAUGAUAUCGUUGCUGGACUUCAAGAAGGACGUGGGAUUGUGGCAUCUCAUCACGGUAAGCUUCUGAAGUCGAUUUUUUGGUUUUUAGAUAAGUGUUACCUAAACUUAAAUUUUUAUGCAUAAUUGACGUUAAAAUUUGUUUUUUAUACUUAAUGUUAUCUAAAAUAUCAAAUUUCUCACUAAAAUGGAAUUCAGAGUUGAAUUUUCAGGCCAUUUACUGUGGAAUGCGGAUCAUCUUCGUCCCCUACAGCCUAAUGAAGUCCAGCCCAAGCCUUUGGCUAACUCAUGUAGCAAAGACAAAGGCCGCCGUCGUGCUUUUGAAAUCUCGAGAUCUACAUUGGAGUCUGAUGGCAGCACAAAGAGAGACCAAAGAUAUUGUUUUAGACACGGUCCGGGCCAUUAUUGUAGCCGAUGGAUCGAAUCCAUGGUCACUGUCCUCUUGCGACCAAUUCCAAACCAUAUUCGCAUCUAAAGGUCUCCAACCAAAUACCAUCUGUCCGACGUCAGGAGCUCCAGAAACUGGCACGGUGUCCAUCAGAAGGCCAUCGUUGGGCACGGGGUCCAAUUCUGGGCAUGGAACCUUGUCGAUGUCAGCUUUGAGUCAUUCUGUGGUCAGAGUCAGUCCACAGAAUUCUUUGAAUUCGUUGACACUUCAGGUAAUUUCAAAAUAAUUUAAUUUCGAAAAGUCCAAAUUUCAAAAAAUUUUAAAUUUAAACAAAACUUUUCUUUGCAGGACUCAGGUACCGUAAUCCCCGGUGGAAUGACAGUCGUAGUCAAGAUGAAUGGCGCUCCAAAAGUCUGUAGAACAGAUGAAGUAGGCGAGAUCUGUCUUCAUGCUCCAUCUACAGCUUCAUGUUACUACGGUCUGAAGGGGAUAUCAUCUCAGACCUUCCAAGUCAAUCCCUUAUCACCUGAUGAGAGGGUACUUGGAGCCAUUCGUUAUGUUAGAAGUGGCCUCAUCGGAUUCUUAGGACCAGAUGGUCUGAUAUUCAUCAUUGGGAAUAGACAAUCGAUCAUGAAUGUGUCAGGAAAACAGUACAGUGCGGACGACAUCAUAGCCACAACCUUAUCAGUAGAACCGCUCAAGUUCAUCUACAGAGGCCGUGUAGCCGUCUUCAGCGUGCCUGUGUUGCGUGACGAAAGGAUCGUGGUAAUCGCUGAACAAAAACAAGAUGUAACCGAGGAAGAGUCCUUCAAUUGGAUGGUGCGAGUGCUACAGGCGGUGGACUCCAUCCAUCAGGUCGGUAUCUACUGUCUUAUCUUGGUAGCACCUAAUCAGUUACCCAAAGCAUCGUUGGGAGGAGUUCAUGUAGCCGAAACACGACAAAGAUUCUUGGACGGAUGCCUCCACCCGGUCACGCUACUGAUGUGUCCUCAGAAUUGUGUUCUGAAUCUACCACGCCCUCGAGAACCUCAACAGAACGAUGUCGGCCCAGCUGCCAUGUUUGUAGGGAACAUCGUACAAGGCGUCAGAAUCGCGAGUGCUGAAGGCCGUGCUCUGACGAUGGUGCCAGAUGAGCCACUAUACCUCGUGGAUACGUUAAGAUUGCGUGCUCAACAGCAUCCAGACCACGCUUUGUACAGCCUCGUUAACUCGAAAGGGGCAGAGGUCGAGACGAUAACGUGCUCCCAGCUGUGGAGAAAGGCAGAGAGAAUCGGGGCUCUGCUACUGGACAAGGGACAUCUGAAUCCGGGAGAUCACGUAGCCUUGAUCUUCGCUCCAGGACUCGACUUGAUCUGCGCCUUCUAUGGCUGCUUGGCUGUGGGACUAGUACCGGUUUGUAUCCGAGCACCAUCCCUUCAGAAUCUCCACAAUUCUCUGAUCACCGUGCGAAUGGUUGUAGACGUCUCCAAGUCUGUAGCAUUGUUGAGUACGGCUCCGAUGAUCAAGAUUCUGAAGAGCAAAGAAGCAUCGCACCGUGUGAGUACAAAGGCGUGGCCAACAAUUUUGGACAUUAACGAUACACCGUCGUCUUCUGUGGCACGGAAGAAGAAUCAGCAGGUGGAUCAGCAGCUGAUGGCGCUAAGGAGUCCUAAAGAUCCAUGUUAUUUGGUAAGUGAAUGGAACUAUAUUGUAGUAGAUGAAAACUACAUUAUUGUUGUUUGAAGUCACUUUGACACAUUGAUAUUGCUGAUGAAAUUAUAAAUUUGGUUUCAGGACUUUGCCGUGAGCACGACCGGUCAAUUGGCUGGAGUUGUGAUCACCCACGAGGCCAUAAUCCAACAAUGUAAAAGUCUGAAGGUAGCGUGUGAACUGUACCCCUCAAGACACGUCGUCCUCUGUCUGGAUCCAUAUUCUGGCCUCGGCUUCAACCUGUGGUGCUUGUUAGGCGUCUACGCUGGCCAUCGUUCCACACUGAUCCCGCCUUCAGAAGUCGAACUGAAUCCAUCACUGUGGCUGAACAUCGUAUCACAACAUCAGGCUCGUGACACCUUCUGUUCCUACAGUAUUCUGAAUCUCUGUGUACGUGAACUGGCUACACAAGUCAAUAUUCUGAAGGAGAAGAACGUCACGCUCAAUUCUCUACGCAACUGUGUUAUCGUAGCCGAGGAACGACCACGAUACGCACUGUGCCAAGCCUUCAUCAGACUGUUCAGACCCCUAGGCUUAAACGGACGAGCAGUAUCAACAUCGUUCGGCUCCAGAGUGAACACGGCCAUCUGUCUACAAGGUGCGUCGAGUCCAGACCCCUUCACCGUCUACGUGGAUUCACGAGCCUUGAGGAACGACCGGGUCACGUUGGUCGAGAAAGGCGCGCCACACUCGAUUCCAUUGAUGGAAUGUGGCAAACUCUUACCUGGAGUCAAGGUGGUCAUCGCCAAUCCAGAAACCAAAGGUCAAUGUGCUGAUUCUCAUUUGGGCGAGAUCUGGGUGGCUUCUGGCCACAACGCUGCCGGCUACUUCUCCAUCUUUGGCGACGAGAAUCAGACUCACAGCGAUCACUUCAGGUCGAAGUUGAGGACUGGAGACACCACCACGGUCUACGCAAGGACAGGAUUCUUGGGAUUCUUGAGGCAAACUGAAGCUAUCACUGCUGAUGGAGGUAAGGCUAAAAUAAUAUUGUAGAGCACAUAGGAAAAAUAAAUUUAAAAAAUAUGAAAGAUAUAAAAGGGUACAAUUUUAAGGUUCGAAUUGAAAAUCUCAAAAAAAAAUUUUUUAUAAAGGAAAUUUUGGGCGCAACUCGAGUUAUGAAUUUGCAGGCUGCGGAAACAAUUUAUACGAUUUAAAUUUAGAUUAUGAAAAAUCGAAUAAUGACAUCGAUAUCUCUCUGCUUUUAAUGUGUUUUUUAAAGGCUUUUUGAAGUUUUUGAAGCAUAAUAUUCAAAAUCACCUCUAAUUAUCGUGUUUUAGAGCUACACGAUGCUGUAUUUGUGGUCGGUGCAUUGGAUGAAACUCUGAUGCUACGAGGGAUGAGGUAUCAUCCUGUAGACAUUGAAACUUCAGUAUGCAGAGCUCACAAACGAAUCGUUGAAAGGUAUGUUAACAUAGCGUUUUUAGUCAAUUUAACCUUUGGGUUUUGAUAUUGAAGAUAAUAUUAAUAUGUACAACAUUGAAAUUUUCUGUAUGGUAACUUUUAUAUAGUGUAUUACCUUCAUAUUUUAGUAUACUUCGUCUUAUUUUUACUUAAGCAUUGCCAUUUUUUAGUGCCGUCUUCACCUGGACUCACCUUUUGGUGGUCGUAGCGGAAACUGAUGCUCCAGAAUCAGAAGCCCUCGACCUUGUACCAGCCAUCACUUCUCGAGUACUGGAAGAUCAGCAUCUGAUUGUGGGUGUGGUAAUGAUUGUCGACGCCCAUACCAUCCCCAUCAACAGUCGUGGCGAGAAACAGAGAAUGCAUCUUCGAGAUUCGUUCUUGAAGGACCAAUUGGACCCCAUUUAUGUCGCCUACAACAUGUAG